ACAAUUCAUAGCUUCACAGUGAAAAUGCAGAGCUUACUACAAGUAGCAAUCAGUCUGGCUCUUUUGAGCUUGUCGGCCGGUCAGGCGACGAGCUCCUUCGAAUCCAUGGACCUCUAUUUACUCCAAAACCAGCGGCAGUACGACGCGAAGCUUAAACAGUUGGAAGAUGAGAUGGCCAACUUUAAGAACCUGUUUGCCUCGCGAAUUCAGGCCCUCAAUGUCCAGGCGGAUUCGAUGCAGUUGAAGCUGGAGGAGGCCACCGCUCGCCUGGAUCCCAUCACUCUGAUCGAUUCGUGGAGCAAACAGUGCGUUCAGAACUAUACCAACACCAUCCCAACGAUCGCCGUCGCCAGAGCCUCAAUCACCAAGUGUGCGGAAAACAUUAAUGGGGUUUUGAAUAACCCCGAGAGUGCUUACAACUCCCUCAAUAGUUACUAUAAAAAUAAUUUGAAGAACGGCCUGGCGCAGUGUGUGAAGCUCCAUCCAAACGCUCAUUUGAAUUACACACUCUGUGUGACCAAAGUGAUUGGUGAUACCAACAAGUACACGGUGACGAGCCAAAACAACUUCAAUAACUACCUUAAAAGUUCCGAAUGCACAGCCGAAAGUCGCGUCCGUAGUUCCUGGCAGUGCGCCUUUGGACAGGUCUACUCAAUAACCUCCACCGUGGAAGUCGCCAUGCGACUCGUGGACAUGUGCCUUGAAAAUCGCGUGGUGUGCGGAGAGCUAGCUCUUAAUACGCCAUCGUGUCCGAAUGUUGCCAACGUAACUUUGGCGGACAUCAAUCCCCGCAAUGCAACCAUCUCCAACCCAUUUAGGUCUGUGACCAAUAGCAUGAACUGUCUGACGUUCAGGAUCACUGGUUAGAUCCGCUACACUAUCCUAUAUCUCAACACAAUGUUUAAAGCAUAAGAGGUCUUAAACUAGAUAAAUUUUCUAAUGUGUUUGUAACCUUUACUUGUGAAUUUGUAUCAGUCUAUAUUAAAUUAUAUUAGUUCAGCAAACAA